AUGGCAGAGGAGAGGCCGAAGCUCAGGCAAGAACUGUUUGGCUGGCAGAUUUUCUCUGCUACAAAUGCCGGCAGUACUUUCACCAAAAUGUCCCGAGGCUCCGACUUGAUGUUGCCUCAACAGCAUGAUGCGCCCAGUAUUGAGGCUAUGCAGAUUCGUAUGCUAGACGGAAUGUGUCACAGCGAAGACGCCUCGAAGAGGUUCAUUGGCCAGCAGGAAUUACAUGCCAUUUAG